GUAAAGACACUAGCCAGCAAUUUAUCGAGGCAAAACGCAGCCAACGCCAUACGCGGCGUUGUCUCACUGCUGCUGAACGCGAGACUCGCAGGGAACGCUAAGCGUCACCGUCGGCCAGCUGCUAAAAGAAAACCGAGCGAUAAAAAGCGCUCCAAGCCAGCCAAGCCAGGAAAGGAGGCUGGAAAAAAAUCAUGCGGCGCCUCCUGAUAGGCGUCGUGCUGGCCUCGGCCAGCGCCCUCUGGCCCUUCAGCUCUUCAGAAAAGCAGGACCCGCCGACGCCGCACCCCGACGCCGUGCCUGUCGCUCAGCAGACGGCGCUGCCGCGACUAUCCAAUUACGACGCUGUCGACGAAGCCUUCGCCGAGGGCGGCGCCUUGGUGGAUGAGGGCGAGAUUGUGUUAGAUGUUGAUACCGCAUCCAAGGCCGCCGCCGGCUUUGUUUCAGGCGAGCAGUGGCCCUCGUACGUCGCCGCGACUGAUGUAGAGCCCGCGGCCUUCGUGCUCAAAGGCACUAAUUGGAGCGACCAGGCACCUGAAUCAGUAGUCAAGGCCGCGCGCGUCGCCUCGCAAGCUUUGGAGAAGCGCAAAGAGGCGUUGACCAAAGCAUUGGCCAAGAAACCGGGCCUUUCACAACUUGAGAAACGAACCUCAAAACCGAGGAUUUUCGGCGAGGUCCACGUCGCUUUGCAUGAAGCGUCGUCCAAAACCAAGCGGUGUUUCGCUGUAGGGGAAGGCGAUCGGGACGUCGACGGCGUCGCGCUGACGGCUGUACAUGCUAUCUCCCUCUCCGGCGCACCGGUCACGGUGUCGUCCUUCGGCUCCAAGUCCCAACAGUGGCGCGCGGCCGAACUCGCACCGAGUGAUGUGUUUAUCGAGGGUGGAGCCCCACUACCCAUCCUGACGAAUGGCCGAUUACAAGCUUCAUCACACAAGGUAGUGACCGAAGAAUCAAACGAUAUCCUCACAAUAGCGGUGCUGUGGUACAUGGACGGUGACCUAGAACCGGUCAAUACCGUAGAGUGGCAGACGACGGAUGGCCCCAUCAUAAAAAUCGACAAGUACGGCCCGCCCGCCUAUCCCUCGAACUUGCAAGAGUGCUCGACGCUGGAAGCGAGGUCGCUGAGGAUACGAGCUCGAUUAAAUGGCGACUUCGGUUCAGCAUAUGUGGGGCAUGCCACAAGACCUUGCGACUACGACACGUUUGACGACUUCCUGGAGGUGGCCUGCGAGAAGGCGUCUGUCGAAACUAUUGGUCGUUCAGAUCUAGCUGGGGAUGCCACGGGAUCUGCACUGUCGAAGGCCGACGAGGCCACGUGUUUGGCCGCGGACGGUGCGCGGGCGUUCGACGCGCGCGGGAAUCGACUUAGAAGUAUUGACGAUUUGUUGAGAUUAGCUCGUAGCCAACCGGGCGUCGUCGGCUACCCCGCCCACUUCAUCACCAAUGAUAACUCAUGGGACAGUCGCGCGGCCGCGGACGUGUGGGUCGUGCCUGCUACCGUACAUUUCGUCUGGCCUACGGUGCGGACCGGCCACGUCACGAGAACGGAGCUACGCGAUGAAAUCACGGGAGCCGACGCCGGUCACAGCUCCGUCAUCACGACUCUGUCCAUGAGGCCGCAGGUCUUCCGCAUCUCGCAGUUCAUGUUGGAGCAUGAAUGUGAAGCAAUUAUUGAAAGGAACCGACCGAGAAUAAAACCGUCCGAAGUUGGGUUGGUGGGUAGAGCGGGUGAUCGGACGAGAACAUCUACAAAUGCGUGGGACACGUCGUCGCCGACGGCUCGCGACGUCAUCGGAAGGGCUUUCCGGUUGUUGAAGAUCGAUGCUCAGCGCAAAUUGGAAGAUGGAUUACAGGUUUUACAUUAUGAUAAAACGCAGUGGUACAAGCCCCACGUCGACUACUUCACGCAGCGCAACGCGGGCGGGGGCGGCGCCGACGAGGAUGCGUUUUCGAAUGCGGUGCCCAUCGAAAGGAAUGGGACGAACCGCUUCGCGACGGUCUUCUUGUAUUUGAACGAUGCGGCGAAGGGCGGCGAGACGGUCUUUCCCUUGUCUGAUACUCAUUCAACCUACAACGGUGGUCGGUUGACGACUCCUGGCACGAACCGCACGGUGGGCUUCAUCAGGGAUUCGGACGCGGCCUGGGUUUGUAAUGGGGAGUCGGAGGCUCUUAGAGUUGUGCCCCGCACCGGCGACAGUGUAUUGUUCUAUUCGCAACGCGGCGACGCGUCGCUCGACGGUUAUUCGCUCCACGGCUCGUGCCCGAUGAUUGAAGGAGAAAAAUGGGCCGCGAACUUGUGGGUCUGGAAUCGGCCUCGGGACGAAAUAGAUAGGGCCAAGUCGAAAGCAAGGGGCUCGAACGGCCUGAGCGUCGUCUUCAAGAACACGGGUUCUGAUGAAGUGGAGCUCUUCUGGGCCGACGGGAGCGACCUGGCGCUGCAGGGCAAGAUCGCGCCGGGGCAAUCCGUGGACGUGAACACGUACGCGUCGCACCGGUUCGUCGCCAAGGCCAAGGGUGUGGAUUUGGGGUCCUACGUCAUGAAAAGGGGCAUGGACCCCGUCGUGCGGAUCGGGGGGUAAGUGGAAAUUGUGUGAA